ACAAGUUGAUACACCUACACGAAAAGAAAGGAUGAUGAACCAGAACACGUUUCGUUGCGCGGUUCGCGUCCGCCCGCGGCUGCUGCGGGAGCAGGAUCGAACGGAAUGCGUGCACAUACAGAAAAACACGGUGCUCGUCGAGGACCCCAUGACGGGAGACGGUCGGGAAUUCGUGGGUCUCCCGCAAAUCAUCGGCCCAGAAGCAGACCAGGCCGACACUGCGAAGAGGAUGGAGAUCGAGUAUACUUGAUUGAUGGCACUAGUAGUUCGUGAUUUAUCUUCUCGAAACGCUUUGGCUUUAUUCAGUGAAGAGUUCAAUAAUUGCUGCCGCACAACAGUAGAUCUCGAAUUCAAACAAUUGAUACCCCAUUGCAGUUCCCUCGUCGACGUUGUUCUUCGAGGCUACCACGCUACUUUGAUCGCCUACGGGCAGACGGGGUCCGGGAAGACGCACACCCUCCUUGGCGAAAAGACGCACCAGCUGGACGGCCUCUUACCCCGGUGUAUUCAAACGCUGUACGAAAAAAGGUUGCUGAAUGCGGAGAAUACGAACUCUGUUCCAGUGAAAAUUCGUGCGUCCUUCCUCGAAAUCGCGAACACCAGCGGUCAGGUGAACGAGGUGAUUACGGAUUUGCUAGAGCCGGUUCAAAAGACCUCCUUGCAAAUCCGCUACAGCAACGAACAAGUUCCGUUUGUGUCAGACCUCACCUGUGUGGAGUGUGACACGGUGGAAGACGCGAUUUGCGUCUUGCAGGAGGGUGCGAAGUACCGGCGAACGAGUAAGACGGAACUGAACGAACGGAGCUCUCGAUCGCAUUCCAUUUUCACUUUGUACGUGGAAAGCGCGAGCGGGAAGUUAGCGAAAUUUCAGUUCGUGGACCUCGCUGGGUCGGAGCGCGUGAAAACGUCAAAGGCGCAAGGAGGACAACUGCAGGAGGCGCAGUCGAUCAACAAAUCGCUGUUUACGCUGGCACAGGUACUUCUUUUGGAGACGAAGCGCGAAGAUUUUAUACCCUAUUCCUUUCCCUAGCUAUGGGCCUGUGAUGAAAGCAUGCAGUUUGAGCUGAAAAAGUGUGUGAAGUACUGUAUCACUCAGAUUUUCUUCUUCAUGAUCGUCGAUGCCGAAUCAAAACAGGUCAUCCUCGCGCUUUCGGGAAAGGAAACGCGGUCUGGUCACAUUCCGUACCGGAACAGCAAAUUGACCGAGCUGCUGUCCGACGCUUUCGGCGGGAACAGCUACUGUUUGUUCAUCACCUGCAUCUCCCCCGUCUUCGCGGAGGAGUCCAUCCACAGCUUGAGCUACGCGACGCGGGCACUGCACAUCGAAAAUCGCCCAAGGAAGAACGUGGUGUCUCCCACCAGGAAUAGUAGCUCCUCGUCCAAUUCCCAGCAUGCGGUGCACACUAACCAGCACCAGCUGCAAUCCGCGUCGAACAGCCGCAGUAGCUACUUGUCCCACCUGACAGGAACCGGGACCGACGGCGCAAUUGCGCCUGUGGGGGAGCAACGAAGAGUCGUGAAUAUGCUGCAGGCGAACAUGUUCUAUAUGAUGAGUGAGAUGCUGUCCAACGCCGCGCGCAAUCUGGAAGAGCAGGUGGUCGCGGAGGUGCCAGUCGGGCCGUUGCCUGUGGCUGCUGCUCCGGGUGCACUUCCACCGCGGGGCACUAUGCUGAGCCACUCCGCAAGCUCGCAACCCGGGAGUGUGAUUAACAGCGCCAGGGGGGCUGCCAUGAAUAAUCUAAACAACAAUCCCUCCGUGGUCAACCACAUGUUCGUCGGCGUGCACAGUCGUGAGCCGCGAGAUCCUCCUCACGCCACUCCAGUCGUCUCCGACAGCGUUUUCCCGCCCUUGAUCACCAGCAGCGGCACGAGUUCGAAGGGUACCAAUCUGGUGAAGUCGGUGCAUUCGGUCACGGAAGAGCAGUUUCAUCUCGGCGGAGGGUUUGCAGGUAGCCCGGCGAAGAAAGUAGACGCAGUAGUUAACGAAGAGCCCUACGAGGAGGUUGUCCGGCGAAUCCGCGCGGAACACGAGCGGAUUGAAACGGAAAGGAGAGCGAGGAACGCGAGUUCCAAUAGUUCUUCGGGGGCGACCUCGAGCAGGUUAGUAUCUGGGGUCAGUGCGAGAGGCAAGGAAAACGAAGGUGGUGCUCCGGUGAACGACGCACUACAGCAGCGGCCAGUGCCGGGGCCCCCGCCACUGCCAGAUGAAGUAGCUGCGGCAUCUUCGGGCAGCUGUCCACCGAAAGCGGCACCGAUCCCGAAGAGAAGCGGCGAUGCCUACUCGCGUCCCGGAAGAAGUCGCGGCUCGAAACCGCAAAGCGCGACGUCGAACUCCUCGCGGCAGUCCUCGCGCACGCAAAGCAAGGAAAGCAAUUCUUACGCGAGCAGGGCGCGGGCGGCGAGUCGAGCGGCGGUUGGUGUCGCGAAUGGGGGCGCACCAGCUGCGAACAGGGAGCUGCGAGCGGGUGGACCCAGCGAGGAGAAAACGCCCUCUGCGGCGUCGCGGCCUCCGGUGCCGAGUUUGCGCAAGAAGAUGCCAGGACGGAAGAGCUCGAACGCAGAGACGCCGGAGGGAAAGAAAAAGCGGCCGAGCUACUCCUCGCACCGCGGAAGAAAGUUGUCGGGCGGUAGCGCGGUGGUCGAGAAGCACAGGAAAGUGCAAGAAAGUAUGAAGGUUCAACCCCCAGAAGAUGGCUUGAAGACGCCCGAAGUUGGGGUCGUUGCCAACACUGACACCGAGGCAAAUGGCACCGCGGUCCCGGAGGAAAGUGAGAAGAACCUAAACUCCACGAGGAUAUUGGGAGAAGUAGACCUACCAUUGGCGUCGCCAGAAGUCGUGGACAUGCAUGGACCUCCUGUACUGCCUCCCGCGCCGCUGAUUGACGACGAAACGCCGGCGUUUUUGGAGGAAAAUCAAAAUUUCCCUACUUUCAACAAAAACAUCGGCCCUCCUUUGGUAGAGCCAUCGCCGACACAACUGGACGGGAAAAUAAAUGGUGUCAACGUCGAGCGAGUAAAUCAUGCGAACGAGGACACCGGCUCUAGACGUCGCGGUGCCCCAAUCAACAUCCCGGAAGGGAGUGUGAGCAGCCAGAGAAGCAGUUUCUUCCACGGGUUGCAACUAAAUCCUGGCGACACGCUUUCCGCCCCGCGACAGUCGAGCGAGGUAAAGAAGGAGGACACGCUGGAAAAAGAUCGCGUUCUGGUGGACGACAGUGCGCUAGAGGAUUUGCCGCUGCGGUCGACGACCAGGAUGUCAGAUCUUGUGGAAGCAGAAGUGAAAGUCAACGGAUCUUGUGUCAGCAACGACGUUUUGCGCAUGCAGCUGCCGCUUCCGAAAGAGGAAAUAAACCAGGAGCUCGUUGCGUCCCCGGAUUCCAAAUCGCUUUCAACCAAGCCGGUUUCCCAUCUGGUUGCGGAGAUUCUCGAGAGAAGGCGGAUACCUCCAAACAACUCCCCGCAAACCCUCGCGCAGCUGAAAAACCCAACGGAGAUUGUUCCGUCGGAGGACUCUCCGAUACGCAUCAACCCACGAGCGCGGGGGACAAGCAGAGCCGAUCGAGGAGACGUUACGAUGUUGCCCAUAAGCAACGCGAAGUCGAUGUACCCGCCACAGCGCCAAGUGGUCGGGAGCUCGAGCAUUUUAGCGUCGUAUGUCGGCCAGGGGUACAACAACAGCGUGUACGACUCUCUUCCGAAAAACAACACAAAAAUGAAUCCGCUCACCGCAAUCAACACCGGCGAGCAGUCGACCACGUUAGCUGCGCGGCUACUCCGGCAGCAGGGCAUCAUGAACACUAGGAAUAAUAACAGUGCGGCAGUAAGUUUUUUGUCCCCGUCGAAAAUGCAACCGCCGCCUGGUUGGCAGGAGCGAAACAACGCAAACCGCCAGAAUGCAGCACCUACAGGAGCUGCGUUUCCCCCGUCAAAGCUGCAAGCACCGCGGAACUACAGUGCAAAGUCAAAUUACGCCCCACCGCCACCUCCCCGGGUCCACUCUUCUCUCAGCGACAUGCAAAAUCUAUCCGACUACGACUUGAGAAGUUUGCACCAAAGCCAACAAGAACUCGGACUGAUACCACCUCCGCUCGCGAAUAGUAAUGCGAAAAGGUUGCAGUUUGACCUCCCAGAUUCACCGAAAAUCAACAUGCGUACUAGUGGUAAUCGUCCGCUGCACGCGCAGUUGAGCCACCGCGACUACAUGGACGAACUUGAACAGCUAGAGGAAGACCAAAACCGGUACGACACAGCUUCCGUCCCCUUCUCGCCAGUUCCUGACUACGAGACGCCGCGGGUGCCGUCCUCCUCCUCGCCAAACAGCAAGCUGGCGGACCUGGGCACAAACGACUUGCGGAGGGUGGACGAGUACGUGUCUCGAAUCGAGGAGCGGCUGGCGCGAAUUUCGGAAGCCGUAAAAACGCCAAUUACGGCACGAAACGAUCUUGUUUCUGGGGGUGCAGAUGGCUUGGUGGCGUAGACAGAAAGUCGCGAUGAAACUUCUUCACAUCAACAUCUGCGUUCUGUGACCCGAGAGAAAAUUCAGUGCUAAUGUCCUUUUGCCUGCUGGACCCUUGUUGUAGGGCUGUACCUCCUACUUGGACGGUGGCCCCAUUCUGAGAACUUGCAUUUGCAAACUUGACAGCGAUAGUGCCUUCGAUGGCGUCGAGAAGAAGGUGACAGCACUACCUGCAC